ACUCGGACCGGGAGCGUCGCUGGCGGGCGGCAGCCGCCAAAGUGCCAUUAAAGCUCGGGGCGGAGACGAUGCCUCACCUGCGCCGCCUCGGGAGGGAGCGGCUGGGCCGGCGCGACGGGCGCUGAGGCGCGGGCGCCGCCGGGGACGCGACCAGCUCGUGGCGGGUAUCCUUCAAAGAUUGUCAUUUACUGGCCUUGAGGAUCCAUUCUGAGUCAUUUUUGUAUGUCUACUGCAAAAGGAUAUCUUUACAGAAACUUCUUCCUCUUUGGCAUUCUGGAUUUGGACCUAGUUUCCAGGCCUUCUCUAUGCCGAAGCUUGGGAGGUGCUGAGCUCAUGGGCGCCCGGAGAGCCUGGGGACCCAGGAUGGCUUCCUCCUGGGGACUGCUUCUGCUCCUGUCUCUCACCGGGUGUCUCUCAGAAUAUUCUGGAGCUCUUCCUAAUCUCCCUACUUCAUAUGCUGCUUUACUAAGAAUUAAGAAGAGUUCAUCUUCAUCGCUCUUUGGUACAAAGACCCGGCCAAGAUACAGCAAUCCAUCACUAGGAACACUGAGUGUUUCUUCACCUAGCUGGCGAGGGACAGCUCAGCAUGAUUAUUCCCCCAUCAAUCUUUAUCAUUCCACAGAUGCCUUCAAACAAGAUGAAAGUGUGGACUACGGGCCAGUGUUUGUGCAAGAACCAGAUGAUAUCAUAUUCCCGACUGACUCAGAUGAGAAGAAAGUAGCCCUGAAUUGUGAAGUUCGUGGUAAUCCAGCUCCAAAUUACAGAUGGCUCCGAAAUGGAACAGAAAUAGACUUGGAAAGUGAUUAUCGCUACAGUUUGAUAGACGGGAGCUUCAUUAUAAGCAAUCCAAGUGAAGCAAAGGAUUCUGGGAAUUACCAGUGUCUGGCAGCUAACACUUUUGGAAGUAUUCUUAGUAGAGAAGCCAUUCUUCAGUUUGCCUAUCUGGGAAAUUUUAGUGGCCGGACAAGAAGUGCCGUGUCGGUGAGGGAAGGCCAGGGGGUUGUUCUGAUGUGCUCUCCUCCGCCUCAUUCACCAGAGAUCAUCUAUAGUUGGGUAUUUAAUGAGUUCCCUUCCUUUGUGGCGGAAGACAGCCGGAGGUUCAUUUCCCAGGAGACAGGCAACCUUUAUAUUUCCAAAGUCCAGCCAUCCGACGUUGGCAGCUAUAUCUGCCUGGUGAAAAACACAGUGACAAACGCUCGAGUCCUGAGCCCUCCAACGCCACUCACGCUGCGUCAUGAUGGUGUGAUGGGAGAAUAUGAGCCGAAAAUUGAGGUCCAUUUUCCUUUAACGGUUACAGCUGCUAAGGGAACAACUGUUAAGAUGGAAUGCUUUGCACUUGGCAACCCGGUUCCAACAAUCACAUGGCUGAAGGUUAGUGGUUAUAUUCCUAGUAAGGCUCGUCUGCGGAAAUCUCAGGCAGUGCUGGAAAUACCCAACAUUCAACUGGAGGACGCAGGCAUAUAUGAGUGUAGAGCAGAAAAUGCACGUGGGAAAAACUCUUUCCGUGGACAGUUGCAAGUUUACACGUACCCUCACUGGGUGGAGAAGCUGAACGACACCCAGCUGGACAGCGGGAGCCCCCUGCGCUGGGAGUGUAAGGCCACUGGCAAGCCGCGGCCCACCUACCGCUGGUUGCGGAAUGGAGCGCCCCUGACACCGCAGAGUAGGGUUGAGAUGGUUAAUGGAAUAUUGAUGAUCCACAAUGUGAAUCAAUCAGAUGCUGGCAUGUAUCAGUGUUUGGCUGAAAAUAAAUAUGGAGCCAUUUAUGCCAGUGCUGAGCUGAGGAUUCUAGCUUCAGUUCCCUCUUUUGCACUGAAUCAACUGAAGAGAACAAUCAUUGUUACCAAAGGCCAAGAAGUGCUCAUAGAGUGCAAACCCCAAGGCGCUCCUAAACCAACCAUCUCUUGGAAGAAAGGAGACAAAGCAGUCAGAGAGAAUAAAAGAACAGCUAUUCUUCCAGACGGGAGUCUACGGAUCCUAAAUGCUUCUAAAUCAGAUGAAGGAAAGUACAUUUGCCAAGGGGAAAAUGUCUUUGGUUCUGCUGAAAUCAUAGCUUCACUAUCUGUGAAAGAACCUACACGACUAGAGCUUACUCCAAAAAGGACAGAGCUAACAGUGGGAGAAAGUGUCGUGCUUAACUGCAAAGCAAUUCACGAUUCGAGUUUGGAUGUCACUUUCUACUGGACUCUCAAAGGACAGCCAAUCGAUUUUGAGAAAGAAGGUGGACAUUUUGAAAGCAUCAGGGCCCAAGCAUCCUCUGCAGAUUUAAUGAUCAGGAACAUCCUUCUGAUGCAUGCUGGGAGAUAUGGCUGCAGGGUACAGACCACAGCAGACAGUGUGUCAGAUGAGGCAGAACUUCUUGUUAGGGGUCCCCCAGGCCCACCGGGGAUUGUGAUUGUGGAGGAGAUCACCGAGACCACAGCCACGCUGUCCUGGAGCCCAGCAGCCGACAACCACAGUCCUGUCUCCUCCUACAACCUACAGGCCCGAAGCCCUUUCUCCCUGGGCUGGCAGACGGUGAAAACAGUCCCAGAAGUCAUCACGGGGGACAUGGAGUCAGCGGUGGCUGUGGACCUGAACCCGUGGGUGGAAUACGAAUUCCGAGUUGUGGCCACAAAUCCGAUUGGGACAGGAGACCCCAGCACCCCAUCUCGCUUGAUCCGCACAAAUGAAGCAGUUCCAAAGACAGCGCCCACCAACGUCAGCGGGAGAAGCGGGAGGAGGCAUGAACUCGUCAUUGCCUGGGAGCCAGUAUCUGAAGAGUUUCAGAAUGGGGAAGGUUUUGGCUACAUUGUAGCCUUCAGGCCCAAUGGAACACGUGGUUGGAAGGAAAAGAUGGUGACAUCCUCCGACGCCUCGAAAUUCAUUUAUAGGGAUGAGAGUGUCCCUCCGCUCACCCCCUUUGAAGUGAAGGUUGGCGUCUACAACAAUAAAGGGGACGGACCCUUUAGUCAGAUCGUGGUCAUCUGCUCAGCGGAAGGAGAACCCAGCGCUGCUCCCACAGAUGUCCGUGCUACUAGCGUGUCUGUGUCAGAGAUCCUUGUUGCCUGGAAGCAUCUGAAAGAGAGUCUUGGAAGACCGCAGGGAUUUGAGGUCGGUUAUCGCAAAGACACGGAAGAAGAAGAUGCUACGGAAACCGUCAAAACCAAGGGGAAUGAGUCGUCCGUCAUCCUGACGGGAUUGGAGGGAAACACACUCUAUCACCUCACAGUGAGAGCUUAUAAUGGAGCUGGAUAUGGGCCACCAAGCACUGAAGUGAGUGCAGUCACCAAGAAAUCCCCCCCCAGUCAGGCACCCGGCAACCUUCGGUGGGAGCAGCAAGGCUCUGAGCUCUCCCUGGGCUGGGAACCUGUCCAGCCACUGGUCAACGAGUCGGAGGUUAUGGGCUACAAGGUGUUCUAUAGGCAAGAAGGCCACAGCAGCAGUCAGGUUAUCGAGACGCAGAAGCCGCAGGCCAUCGUGCCACUACCCGACCCUGGUGUCUAUGUCAUCGAGGUCAGAGCAUAUGGAGAAGGUGGCGAUGGGACAGCCAGCUCCCAGAUCAGGGUGCCGUCCUCCUCAGGUGGGAAAAUCACAAGUGCUCAGUCGGCCCUCCACAGUCUCUCCACGUCUUCAUCAUCAGUGACACUACUCUUGGCAUUAAUGAUUCCUUCGACCUCAUGGUGAAAAACGCAGAUUCCGUUUGCUUUCCUUUGCUUUAGCUUGAUAACAGCAGUGAGUAGAGUGUAGUGUAAGUGGAGACUUGGGCCCCUGAUGAGCUUUAAACUGUGGGUCUGCACCCUCGUGGUCAGCUUGGGGACUAUAUCAUCCAGCAGGUUUCUCUUUGGUCUUUGAAAACGGAGGGGACGGUUCCUUGUCCAACACAAAUAUGCAGAUUGUAUGUAAUGAACUUUUGUAAGCAAAUGUAAUUUCUGUCAAAUGUAUUCUUUACUUUUUUAAUAUGUUGGAAUUUGAUUUUCUAUCUGAUGACGCUGAGUGUGUGCUACCCAUGUGUUACCUGAGUGGUCUCUAGCAGAGCUGUCUCGAACACAAAUACAGAACUGAGAAUGACGUUUGCUUAUGACUGAGUCUAGUGUUUUUCAUCUUCCCUUCAGCUGAUCACUCCAGUUGACAAACCAGCAAGAGAUCAUGAAAAGUGCUUCAGUAGUGUGGCCCCAUUAUAGGAUAAGUACACAAAAAAUUUCUCCAAAAGUAUUGUAUGAUCGCAUAGUGAAAUAGCAAAGUUGUUCAUAUGCUAUUCUAUAUGCACCCUAGAGCAAGUUGUUAGAGUAGGGAAUAAGCCAUUUACAUUAGUGCGAGGUAACUAGAAAGUGAGUCGAAAUGAAUUUAAGUGCUAUUGUUUUUCAGCAAGUACUGUGUUAUCUAGAAGGAGCAAAUGCAGUAAACGUAGAUGUUUAUUUUUAUUAACAAAAGAGAGUGUAAAUUCACAAAAAAAAUAUAUAUAUAUGAUAGGGAAAAAACUGGAGACACUAAUUCGCUGUCAAGGGUGCAAACUUGAAAACAAAAUAGUACGAGACAAAGCUUUCCCAUCACCCCCCUACUGCCAAAACAAAAACAGAACUAGUUCCCAGGUUUUCUUCUAACUACAAAUAAUUUUAAGACAAUGAAAAUUUGUUGUGCAAAUAACUAUGCAUACACAUAGUCUAUGGAUUAAAAUGGUUCAUGCAUAACAAAUUUUUAUUUUUUAAAAUGGUUUCAUGCAUCACACACCACUUAUAAAAUCUUCCCAACUGUUAAAGAGGACCCGUUGGAGAAAUUGGUUGUUUUUAUUCAGCUUGUAGAAAUGUGGCCUCAGUACUGGGCUCAGCUAGUUUCUCUAGCUGUGUGCUGCUUGGGAGCUGAUCCACCUUAGCUGUUACAUGGUCAACUUAAACCGAGAGCAGUGAUUUCCUGAAAGUGAGAUGAAAGGAUUUUUUAAUGCUAUCUUACAGAAAUUCUUGCAAAUGUGACAAAGUGCCAGGGUUGACAUUACACCAAGAAGAUGCCAAAAGGGACAGUUACUGCAAAGUCAUAUGCCAAAAAUGAGCCUGGGGAAAAUGACAUUUUAACAGGUGAUGUUAAUACAAGAGCAAAAAGUAGGGUUUUUGUUUUUUUCUUUAAUAAAAUCUAAGCCUGUUGAUUCUACUUCUUUAGCAGCAGGAAAAAUGAAGCAACAUUGAGCUCAGCCUGCUGGUCUAGACGUUAAUCCUUGAAAAAGCAGAGACAAGAGUAGAGUUUCUGUCCCAAACAUCCUAAUAGAUUGGUCGCAGAGACAUUGCCCAACUGUUAAUGCUCGUUAUUUAUUCUCUUUGGAGGAAAUAUGUCUAAGAUACCCCUAAACAAAUAAGAGUGAUUUAAAGGACUAUUUUGGUUAACAGAUUAUUAUAGUAAAUGACUACAGAUGGUGAAUAUUGAAGCCUAUGAAUAACAAUGACCAAGUGGCCUUCCUUGAGAGUCUCCUUUGUAACAGGAGAGGCUGGACUUUGCAGAGAGGGGGAUGUGAAUGAUUUACGAAGGGUGAUACGGUCUCUCCAGUAUGGUCUGUAGCUUGCAGGAGCAGAUUAUGCAUCUGGGAAAAAGUGCAGCAAGAAUAUUUUAAAAUGGGCAAUAAUUUCUACUUUAUAUUUGAUGAACCAAACCAUAUAUUCUUCAUUCCCAUGGUGUUUUAUACUAGACUUACUGAAAGACUCUAAAAUCAAAUUGUUACUGACAUUCUUAUAACAAUGAAAAAUAAAAAAAUUCAAUGUCUAUAGGUGGUAAGCUUUAAUUAAUUAAUAUUUCCAAUUAGCUAAUGGAUGGGACAUAUGUGACAGAAUGUUUACAGGAAGUCUGGUGUCUUACAGGAAUUGAGAGAUGGGAGAUGUUUUACUUGGACAGACUAUGUAUUUUGCAUCAUAAACCUAUUUAAAAAGCAGAUUUUGAACGUUUAUGUACUUAUGUGUCACAUGCUUGUUACUUUGUGGAGAGCUGCCCCGCAAUCCUGAUGAAGAUGCAUACGUUGUCUUUCAGCUGCAGGUGUGAGUAAGCUUUUUUCCUAGAUGGGAUAGUAACCACACAGUCUUAAGUCACUACAGAGACUGUAUUUUUGUAUAAUGUCUAUUGAACUAUGAUGAAAAGAGACUCUUCCUAAUUAAAAAUGUCAUGAAACUGAAUGUUUUGCAUAUCCAAAUUAAGGUACCGUGGCGCCCUGUCAAACAGUUAAAUAUAUUGUAUACGAUCUGUACAUAAACUACAUAUCAUGGUAUAGACCGCGUGGAAGGCACAGUCAGAUAAUAGUUCUGUGUACUGUUCUUGUAACAUUAGAUCUUUUUAAUAAAUAAUUCUCUUUUUAUUGACUUUUA